CAUAGUGUCAGAUCUAUCAUGCCAGAGUUCGUUCAGAGGCUGAUCAGUAGUCAGAGGAUUUAGCAACUGCUUAGAUUUAGCAAACGAAUGUUAGUAGCUAAUGAAGCUAGACGAGUUUGAGGGCACACCUGUUGCUUGCGUAGAACAUUGUUUAAUAGGGUAGUAAUUUAGCAAUCGGGUGAUACAUAUAACGUUAGCUAAAAUAGCUAGCCUAACGUUGACGUUACAUACUUAGUAACGUUAGCUGGCUAAUUUAGCAUAGCAAUCCACAUCCAUGCAAUGGCAGGAAACGUGAAAGACAAGGAGGCUUUUCAAAGACUGAACUUCCUGUAUCAGGCUGCACACUGUGUUUUGGCUCAAACCUCUGAGAAUGUGGAGUUAGCUCGUUUUUACUGCUUCACUCAGAAGACAAUCGCAAAACGUUUGGUACUGAGACAAGACCCCUCAGUGAAAAGAACAUUAUGUAAGAAGUGCUGCUCUUUGCUGGUCCCAGGAGUAACUGCCACAGCCAGACAGAGAAGGACUAAGCAUAGAAACCGCAUGACUGUGCUGCGAUGUCUUCGCUGUGGGCAGUGCAAGAGGUUCCUAAACAAUCCGGAGCAUCGCCUGUGGGUGGACCAGCCUGAGGCUCAGCUGGAGAACCAAUCACAGCCAGAACAAGGUCCCUCCACUAAAGAGUUGAAGGAGAAAGCAGAUGGGUCCAUAUCGCAGCUAUCCUCCACAGGGCCUUCCUCUACCCAGCACCAGGUGCCUCCAUCCAAGCCCAAAACCUGAGCCCUGGGGCCUCAGUAGCCCAUUCACAACUGGACAUAGCUGCUUUGUGUGGCAUUGCCACAUUUUCAACUAUAUCAUAAAUGUUUGAAUAUGAGGAUUCAUUUGUUUUGCCAGUGACAACCUGUUACAUCAGUGGUAUGAUGUAACAGGUUGUCAUUGUAAUGGGAGAGGUUGAGGUUGGUUAAAAAUACAUUUGAUGUUUAGUCUACCUCAACGUGCUCACAGUGUACAGGAAGUUCAGGAACGACAACCAAUGUUAAAUGUCCUUUUCAUAAACAUUUAUUUUUAAUUGAUUUAUUACUUCUGUAAGAACACGGGCGAUAUGAGUUGUAACUUGUACUAUCAUAAAUGUACAGAUGUUCUACAGCCUACACCUUUUUUGUCAGUAACUUAAGGAGAGAAUAGGCUGCUGAAUAUAAUGCUCAGUGCAUAAUGAAAUAUCUUCUCCCAAUAGGAACAAAAUUGAGUAGUGUGUUCCUAAUGCACUCAUAUGUCCUAUAUUGCCUCAGCUGAGGUGGAUGUCUUUCUUUCACUUUUUCUUUUCAUCUCCGUCCCCCUUUGGCACCUCUACGUGGGUCUUCUGGGAAUACAGCAGAUUCUUCGCAAAAAUCCUGGGGAUGUGACCCAUGUACAGGAGAAGGGCCAGGGUCAUUCCUGAAAAGAAGAUAUCUGUAUUACCAGCUUGAUAAGCAAUUAUGCCUCAUUGUUAUGCAUAAAUCCUGUUUCACACAUUA